GUUUUGAACUGUGUUUACUUAAAGGAAACAUGAAUUUGACAAACAUGGUAAGUGCGUAAAUGAGGAUCCCCUAAUGAAAGAUCAGUAUGAUUACUUUAAAUUUGGCAUUGAUCUCAUGAAGAAUCUGCACCUACUAGAAAAUCUGGAAAAAAAUGGGAUCGCACCAAAUGCUUCCGCACAAUAUGAAACAACCAAAUUACAGGAUGUACUGAAGAAAGUGUACGGUCAUAAUGCUACUGUACAGUGCGCAAGUAAAAAGGGACAG